AUGGACCACCUCCCCAAGGCCGCGACGGCGUUUGCGCAUAUCCGGGUACCGUUUGUUGACGAGAUCACUUUUGAUGGGGGGGAUUUUGUAUCGUUCCCAUAUCGCGCCGGCUUCAAUAACGAUUUCGCUACACGAUCAGUUAGUGACAUCGCCUCCUUGGCACAAGGAUGGCUCUAUUUUGGUACCCUCCAAGUCUUUCUAGGCGUUGAUUUCGACCGCAACGAGUUUCGAGCUAGUCAUCCGGAGGGCGAUCAUGUCUCCUCACGGCCGUUGCGACAGCUUCUUACCUCCUGGCUGUUGAUAAAGGUGAUCCCAAUCCUAGGCCCCGAGGUGGUAGCGAAGACUUCCCUUAGCAGCGCGCUAGAGUUGUACCAAAGCAAGAAACCGAUGAUGGAAUUCUUGGAGACUGUACUCAAGGAAGCUGAUGCCUUGGAGAUUCAGCCUCAAGCUUCAAGCGACCCUUUGCCGGCCAUCCUUCUCUCAGUCCGUGUUUUGGUUGUCACUCUCUCAGGUGUUCUGGAGGAGACUAUCGGCCAAAACAACUUCAAUCUUUUGGGACAUUAUCAGUACCCAUACAAACCAGGCGCCAUUGAAAAAUUACGGUUCGUGGAUGGGCCAUCCAACAUGCCAAAGGCAGCCAGCGCAAAUUUUCUGUCGAAUGAGAUAAUCGCCAAUGGCUGGUGUCCAUUCAUUGCAUGCAAAGUAUUGUCGUCUUACAAUUACGUGGUGGCUUAUUACAUUAGCCGCCUCCGGCCUCAUAAUCCGACACAUCACGAUCUUUGCUCCGAGAACGAAUGCAUCGCAUACAAUGUCGAUAUGUCCCGUUAUCGCUCGAAGCAUGCGUCACCUGACUGCAACUGUUCUCAUGUCGCCUUAGAUGCGGAACAAGUCCGGUCCAUAAUUCGCGAAGGGGGAGUACCGAUUGUUUCAAUCAGGUUUGAUGAGCAAGAGCCAAAGCUCGACGUGAUCAAAAUGACAAACAAGACCCCCUACAUAGCAUUCUCGCACGUCUGGUCGGACGGCCUCGGGAAUCCAGCGGCAAACUCUCUGCCGCGAUGCCAAAUCAUUAAACUGGCGAAAUACAUAAAGGAGCUGAAGCCCCCCAAAAUCGCCCCCCAGCAAGGGGUUGUCAACAUAGGGUCUUUGAGGAUGGACUUUCGGAGAAUGACCCGAACGUUAGAGACUUCCCAUUUUUGGCUGGACACGCUUUGUAUUCCUGUAGGGGAACAGUAUUUCGACCUGAAGAUGAAGGCCAUCAACCAGAUGGCAGCUAUAUACGCCGGUGCUUCUCAGGUCCUGAUAUUAGACUCAAAUAUGGAGCAGCUAUCUCUCGAUGGGCCAGGGGUUGAGGCGUGCGAGAUUCUGGCCAGGAUGUGUGUCUCCCCGUGGAUGGGCAGAAGUUGGACCUUUCAAGAAGCCGCCAUCAGCACAAUCCGUCAGGUUAGAUGCUCGGAGAGGGCAUUUGUACCAAAUUCGGUUUCCUUCGGGUACCCUAAUUACCUCACCAAGAUGUUUGAUGCGGAUAGCAUUCGCGAAUGGAUAGUCCCAUUCUUCUAUAUGGUCUUGGUGCCCUUCCGGGCGUUCCGCCGCGCUAAGGACAACGAUAUGUCCACGCUGCGUCGUCAAUGGACCACAAUGUCCACCGACAUUCAGAUACCUCUCGUUGCCCUUAUUUCUCGCCCCUUGAACGACAAAUUAGUUCGUGAGUUUCUUGGUGUCAAACUGAUAGGUCCAGACUUUGAAGAUAUGGAUGCAUUGGAGUCACUGUAUCAGCGAUUUGUCAGCUGUUGGAACACAUUGUCUUCGAGAGCCACGACGAAGAAAGACGAUCUGCACAUAAUCUUCGCAAAUUUAUUGGAGUUUAAUGCCGCAACAAUUAUCAAAUUAGCUACACCCGCGGAGAGAAUGGCGACGCUGCUUCUAAGCCUUCCCUACAUUCCAUUGUCACUCUACUUUUGCAAUGACGGCAUCCGUGACCGGCCAGGAGAAGUUCACUACAACAGAUGGGUCCCUAUAUAUCCCAGUGGAGGCCUUUUGGACUUGGAGCCCAGAGUUCACAUGUCUAAAAACGGGCUCUGGCUCUCCUGUGCAACUGACAAUCAAGAAGAAGCUGAUGAUGAACCAUCUAAAGAAAGUCCAACAACCUAUGCCAGACCGAUCGUUAUUCUUCUAGAGUCUCGGUGGUUGGAUUUGGACUGUCAGCAGAUUAUUCCCGAUAAGGCACUGCCAUUGAAAUAUAACGUCAAGCUUCAUCGGCAGGAGGGUGACAAGCUUAUCACAGAUUUUGAAAAAGGCGGUGCCGCGCUUCUAGUUUUCACCAAGGAGUUGAUCCAACCAGGCCUAAGUGCCGGCAUAACGCUUUCCCCAAAGCCAAUCCAAGGAGCUCUCUUCCAGAUUUUGAAUGUUAUUAAAUCCCCUUCGGGAUGCGAGGCAGAAAAGGGUGAAGUGAAAGAACCAGGCCGGGAGUAUCGGGAGUAUAGGGUGGUAUUUGACUGCCCUGUAUCGGCUUCCUUGGAUACCGGCUACACUGAGAAUAUCUCCUCUUUUGAUUUGGGAGGUGACUCUAAUUCCAACGCUACACUCCUUCCAGAGCCAUGGCGGUUGAACAUUUGUCACGAUGCUCCUAAACAUGUGGCACUGCCUCUUCCUCGGAGACCAGUCGUACCGUCAUGGGCAUUCCUCUUUUCCGUGGCCAGCUUCAUGUUAUGGUUCUGCUGGGUCUCUGGACUUAUCAGCAUGUUUGUCCUGAUUGCUAUUUGUGCAAAAUAUUCAAGUACAUUCUCCCCAUUCACCAUCACGGUGGUUGCUGUCUAUUUCUCAGCAGAGAUAGUACCCUGGUUGUUCAUACAACCGCUCUUUCCAAUUAUAGUCCCCUACAUCUCAGAUAUUUGCGGCAUAGUCUCAUCAGCGCUCUACGCCGUCUCGAGGAUCGCCAGCAACAACUCACUGAGGCCGUUGGAAGUUGCAUUUGUCACAUUGGGUAUGUUAAUUGGAGUUUCAGAGCUCUGCAUUAGGGCUGCAAAUAAGUGGUAUCUGGGACGGAAGCUUUACGAUGCCUGGCUUGAUACAUUUAGCGAGGACUGGUCCCCGGAAAAGGAGACGUGGUGGACAAGAAUCGUGCGGGUUGCUGGCGCUGAAAGGUAUGACAACACGGUUAUGCCCAAGGGGACGGUGAUCUCUUCCUGGGAACGCGUGAAUGCGAGUAACGAGGAGAUCAAUUUCCCCGCAAUGGGAGGAAAUACUGGGGUGCUCGGAAUUGCAGCCCCGGACCAUUUUGCCAGUCAUAUAUAG